GCGCGCGUGAGAGAGAGAGCAAAGCUCUAGGUGUGAGGGUGACUCAGUGUGAGUGUGACGACGACUCCAUGAGUGUGAGAGACCCUGCCAAUGGCCCUGAGUGUGAGACUGUGACCGAGCCACUCACAGUGUGCGGUCGGAGCACAGGAAGGAGGACCUGGCAGGAAGAAGGCCGCGCGGCCGGCGUGUGGGAGACACGCGCGGGCGCAGAGCGGCUUGGUGGGCUGCUACGGGAGUCUGUGCGGUGGCCGACUGUGGGGCUGGGGCCUGCUGUGCCUCUGUUAUGGCUCUUUUGACUGUCUCCAGUGUCCUCUCUUCUUGGUCUUACAACUGUCUCCUGUCAUAAAUGCCAGGGGAGAUGUGCAAAACAUUCUGAAAAUUCUUUGCUGAACACUAAGCAAACAUGUUGUGUAAUGGCCCGUAUAAAUAGGAAUCAGCGAAUCAGCGUUGAAUUUAACGUGGUUUGGAGGACCUCUCGUGUGCUCCGGGCUAUGUACUUGGUGAUACAGUUAAAAAGAAUUCAGUCUCUGCCCUUUGAUGUGGGGGGGGGGGGAAUCAGAGCCAGCUCAUCCAGGACGGCAUUCCGGCCUGAGCAGAACGCCCGCCAUCUGGUGCCUUAUCUCUGAGAGCUGCCCCCUAAUUUCAGAUCUUGGAGGAACAGACUUGAAAAGCUCCACCUCUUUUUGCUGGCUGUGAGCCCUUUAGGAAAGUGCCCAGGCUGCCCCAGGUUACUAAGGGCCCAUGUGGUAGUGCACUGAUUGCUUUUGCCUCCCAACUUUGGUCUCAAGACUGUCAUUCAAGUUGUUCUGUAAGAUUUUCCUUUCCUGGCAAACAUGUGGAAAGCCAGCAGACUGAUUUGCUCCUCCUCGUCCUCCCCUCGUCCUCCUUCCUUAUCUGGCUGUUACAUAUUUUUAUUGCAAACCAAACAUGUACACCAGUUAUGUGACUGAUCUCCUUGGAACUUCUUGGUAGAGGAAAUUUCCCGACCUCUGUCCUUCCUGCUGUAGUCUUUAGGAUGCAGAGAUUACAUGGCCAAGAUGCAAAUGGAAUUAGGCCUUGCUGCCGAGACUUUGUUUUAGUACUUGACCCAUUUAUGAUGAGGUGGCUUGUGAAAUUGUGAUGUUCGCUUAUUUCUUGACAGAGGGUCUGCAGAUCUACUCUGUGGGAACAGGAUAGACAACGCCUCUCACACAGGCCACAGUAAACAUAGGUGUGCAGGAAGCAUUUGGCAUGGAAUCCAGGGAGCUUGGGAGCCCCACACCCACCUACCAUCUCAUCCCUGGGGCCAGCCAACCCAGGAUGGAAGAAGAUGUCGACUCACCACCUGAAAACUCCGUGGAAACUAUGCAGCUGAAGAAGGAGAUCUCCCUGCUGAAUGGAGUCAGCCUGGUGGUGGGCAACAUGAUCGGCUCAGGGAUCUUUGUGUCACCCAAGGGGGUGCUGGUAUACACUGCCUCCUAUGGGAUGUCGCUGGUCGUGUGGACCAUUGGUGGGCUCUUCUCUGUUGUGGGUGCCCUUUGCUACGCAGAGCUGGGGACUACUAUCACCAAGUCGGGGGCCAGCUAUGCUUAUAUUCUCGAGGCCUUUGGGGGCUUCAUUGCCUUCAUCCGCCUGUGGGCCUCACUGCUCAUUGUUGAGCCCACCAGUCAGGCCAUCAUCGCCAUCACCUUCGCCAACUACAUCAUCCAGCCCUCCUUCCCCACCUGCGAACCCCCGUACCUGGCCUGCCGUCUCCUUGCUGCUGCUUGUGUAUGUCUGCUGACAUUUGUGAACUGUGCCUAUGUCAAGUGGGGCACACGUGUGCAGGACACGUUCACUUACGCCAAGGUCCUAGCGCUCAUUGCCAUCAUUGUCAUGGGCCUUGUUAAACUGUGCCAGGGACACUCUGAGCACUUUGAGGACGCCUUUGAGGGUUCCUCCUGGGACGUGGGAGACCUCUCUCUUGCCCUCUACUCUGCCCUCUUCUCUUACUCAGGUUGGGACACCCUUAAUUUUGUAACAGAAGAAAUCAAAAACCCAGAAAGAAAUUUGCCCUUGGCCAUUGGGAUUUCUAUGCCAAUUGUGACGCUCAUCUACAUCCUGACCAACGUGGCCUAUUACACAGUGCUGAGCAUUUCGGAUGUCCUUAACAGUGAUGCCGUGGCUGUGACAUUUGCUGACCAGACAUUUGGCAUGUUCAGCUGGACCAUCCCCAUUGCUGUUGCCCUGUCCUGCUUCGGGGGCCUCAACGCAUCUAUCUUUGCUUCAUCAAGGUUGUUCUUCGUGGGCUCCCGUGAGGGCCACCUCCCAGACCUUCUGUCCAUGAUCCACAUUGAACGGUUUACACCCAUCCCUGCUUUACUGUUCAAUUGCACCAUGACACUCAUCUACCUCAUCGUGGAGGAUGUUUUCCUGCUCAUCAACUACUUCAGCUUCAGCUACUGGUUCUUCGUGGGCCUGUCUGUUGCUGGACAGCUCUACCUUCGCUGGAAAGAGCCCGAGCGGCCCCGGCCUCUCAAGCUGAGCCUGAUUUUUCCCAUCGUGUUCUGCAUAUGCUCCGUGUUUCUGGUGGUUGUGCCCCUCUUCAGUGACACGGUUAAUUCCCUCAUUGGCAUCGGGAUUGCCCUCUCUGGGAUCCCUGUCUACUUCCUGGGUGUUUACCUGCCAGAGUCGAGGAGGCCAGCCUUUAUUCGGAAGGUCCUGGCUGCAAUCACCAGAGUCACCCAGAAGCUUUGCUUUUGUGUCCUGACUGAGCUUGAUGUAGCUGAAGAGAGAGAGGUUGAGAGGAAAACUGACUAGAGGCCAGAGGUGACUUCCCCUGAAGCCCAGAAAGCUGACUGCAGGUGGCUGUGGCCACCAAAGUCCUGAUAACAAGACUGUGUGGGCCCAACUCUCCUAAAUUAAAGGAGCCUGUUGACCCACAUCAUAUGAAGGGUCUCAGGGCAAUGCUCACUGUCACUGGCAUGCUCCCAGAAGACACUCAGGUUCUGGGGCCAGCCUCAAGGAGGGGACUUCAGAGGGUGGGGGACAGGGGAAUGGUCAUUUUGUUUUACUCUUGGUGGGUAUGUACAGCUCUUACUUGGUAAGUUGUGGUGGGGGAAGGAGUGUUAGGUUGCUAGCUAUGGCUGGUGGCUUCUGAAUUUGAUAUCUGAGGUUUGAACCAGGAGUCUCUACAGUGGGGCUGCUUUAUGGAAAUUUUUCAUCUAACCAGGUCCAACUAACCAUCUGACUUUAGCGCCUGAAAUGCUACCAUUUCUUCCUCUGGCUCAAAAUCCUUCUAUGAGGAGAGAGUUAUAUUCCAUUAUUUAUUGAUAUUAAUUAGUCCAGAACGCUAGUUCUAAGAAAGCGUUAUUAGCAUUCAUUCAUCUACAAGAUGCAACAGGCUGACAGGUACUUAAAAAAGUACCCCAAACUGAGUCCUUCUGCCCUAUGCGGUGGUGAGCCAGACUCUGAUCACAGAUUUUAUGUCCGUUUAGCACAAUCUUCGGUUAAGUAUUAUCUGCAACAGUGAACUUUAAAGAUUUUUCUACUCAUGGACCUGUUAUACAUUAGUAUAUAGAUCACAUGUUAAAAGCCCCUGGCUCAGAUCCAACAAGGGCAAAUGAACAAAUUCCUGAGUCAGAAGCCUGGUAACAACGUAAAGGAUAAUCCUUUAUUUUAAUCGAGACCAUGAAUCUUUGUUCUAGUUGAUAGAAAGUAAAUCUCUAGGUUUCUGGCAUGAACUUUUUAAGAGGGCUGAAACUGUUUUGGAAUCAGGUGGAUCGCCUGAAUUCUUUCAGCUGUCAGUGGCUCGGAUAACAUUUCAUGGGCCCAAAUCAUCACAUAACUUGUUUCUCUCUGUAAGGGACAGUGUGAGGGACUGCUGUGCAGACCCAAGCAAGCCUACCCUGGUGCUAUAAGAGGUCAUUGUCUUUCUCUGAAAACCUCACAUCAGGCUGCAUCCUCCUCUUCUGUCUCUGGCACAAAGCUUUGUUUACAUUUGGAGCUGCCUUGGUGUGGGUCCUCGGGAUAAUGCACUCCUCUCCUGCCGACCUCCCUGUGCCUCUGAGGUAUGGUGGGCUUCAGUCUCAGGAAGAGCUUGGUACUUGUGGCGACUUCUGUCUUCUCCCUGUGGAGAUCUGUGAAGACUGAGAGAAAAGCCACUUCAACCUCAAUCUGGCUGCUCAACAAGACUGCAUGAAUGGAAGCAACUAAUUCUGGUGCUCAGGCUAGGCUUUGGCACCCUGGAUGGGCCAGAGUAGUAGGUCUGGCCUAAUGGAUCUUCCUGCAUGGGCAGGGCAGCUACAUUGGCUUGU